AUGGAGUGUUUUCGUCAAAUCUACCGAUACCUUAAGGCACCAUUCUCUCGCAACCAGGGGAAGAUCAUUGAGAUUGGACCUCCCACCAACUUCCGAAAGGAAGAACUGCCUGCGUGCUUCUCAGAUGCCGAGUCAGUCUUAUCGCCCAGUCAAAAUCCAACCGAGCGACCCAGUCUGACCUCCCAGCCACAGCACGUUGACCUCUCAGAACAGCCGCAGAACAACGAUGGAGAAGGACGAGACAAUGAUCGAAAUGAUCGCUCGCCAGCCGUCCGUCAAGGAGAAGAUCCAGAGCCAUGUCAGGAAAAUGAGCGUCCGACUUUCCAAGCCCGCCUCCGAGACCGCGUGAAGCGCUCUCGCUGGUUCAGAUCGACUCCAACGACCAACCCGGAAAGGGAGGUCGCAAGUGAGUAUGGCUUGUUUGCCACGACCGAAGAGAAGCCAAAAGAAAUAUAA